GCCGGCCGGAGAGGGAGCGGGGCGGCGUGCGCCCCCGGCCCUGCCUGGCCGCACGAAGCGGGCGCGGGCUCUUGGGGCGGCGCCGCCCGGGAGGCGGGAGCGGGACCCGGGCCGUUCGUCCGCGGGGUGGGGAAGAACCUGGAGCCCUGCGUUGGGCAGAGCGACCUCGGGCCCCGGGCGGGCACCGGCUGCGAGGGGCAGAUCACGUCCGGGACGCGGAGGGCAUCGCACUGAGCGUCUCCCGCGGCUCGAGGCCGGGAGGAGCCGGGCGGGGGCGUCUUCGGGGAAAAGCCGGGAGCCGCGGGCCGGCGGGAGGGGGCGGUGGCCACUGCACAGAGGCUCCUCCCACGGUGACCACACUGGCUGCUUUCGUUUCCUCUCGUGACAGGUGCUGGGUUGGUCUGUCCUGUCACAGCGAGGUAUGAAUCGUCCUCGCGAGAUUUGUCUACAGGCAGAGCAAGGCCGAGGGUUGGCGUUCGGGGCUUCUCAAGAACCGGUGCCCUAAGGACUUACGUUGUGUAUGAGGUCCGGAAGAGCAGGGUCUCUGGGGCCAGACUGCUCCCCCUUCCCCGAGCUCGUCGCCCAGGCUGUGACCUUGGUCUGGGAAGGCUUAGGUCUUAGUUUUCUAAUCUGUUUCCAGGGGUAUGACUGGGAAGCAGUUUUGAGGAUGAGGUGUUUGGCCCACAGUAAGUCCACUGACUGUUGUUGCUGCAGGCAGUAGUAGAGCUGAUGUCUAAGUACCUUCUAGUCUCGGGCAUUUUCUAUAUGCUCUUUAUUAGCUUGGAUGCCCAUUCUGUUGCUGCUUCUACCCAUCUGAGCAGUUCCUGGCCUGGGACCUGCUGAAUCCCGUGGGUUUGAGAGUUGGUCUCUCACUCUGGUUCUCUAGGGGGAAGGGAGAUGUUUAGACAGGUGGCAAGGACCUUGGUGGGUAAGGUUUGCUUUCUGUCUUUCUGUGAAUCUGCAGGGAUCUCCGUGCUUGGCAGUACUACUGGACUGUAGUAGUUAAGACCUGAGGGUCAGGCCUGUCUGGAGUCAACGUUCCCUGGGUCCCAGCCCUUUUUACCUUUGCUGGUGGUUUCCUGCCUGGCCGAGCGCCAUGCACACGCUUGUGUUCCUGAGCACCAGGCAGGUGCUCCAGUGCCAGCCAGCUGCCUGCCAGGCCCUGCCCCUGCUGCCUCGAGAGCUCUUCCCCCUGCUGUUCAAGGUGGCCUUCAUGGACAAGAAGACUGUUGUGCUUCGAGAGCUGGUGCACACGUGGCCCUUCCCGCUGCUCAGCUUCCAACAGCUGUUGCAGGAAUGUGCCCACUGCAGCCGGGCCUUGCUGCAAGAGCGCCCCAGCACAGAGAGCAUGCAGGCUGUGAUCCUGGGGCUGACAGCCCGGCUCCACACGCCAGAGACAGAGUCUGGCACACAGCCUCUCUGCAGGAAGCAUGCCCUGCGAGUGCUGGACAUGACGGGCCUCCUGGACGACGGCGUGGAGCAGGACCCUGGUACCAUGAGCAUGUGGGACUGCACAGCAGCAGUGGCCCGCACCUGCAUAGCACAGCAGCAGGGCGUGACUGCGGAGCCUGGGCUGGCCCCCAUUCCUGUGGAGGUUCGCGUGGACCUGCGGGUGAACCGGGCCUCAUAUGCCUUCCUGCGGGAGGCACUCCGAAGCAGUGUAGGCAGUCCCUUGCGGCUCUGCUGCCGGGACUUGCGGGCUGAGGACCUGCCCAUGCGCAACACUGUGGCUUUGCUGCAGCUGCUGGAUGCAGGCUGCUUGCGCCGUGUGGACCUGCGCUUUAACAACUUGGGUCUACGUGGCCUGUCUGUUAUCAUCCCACAUGUGGCCCGCUUCCAGCACCUUGCCAGCCUGCGGCUGCACUAUGUGCAUGGGGAUUCCAGGCAGCCCUCUGUGGAUGGUGAGGACAACUUCCGUUACUUCCUGGCCCAGAUGGGCCGCUUCACCUGUCUUCGGGAGCUCAGCAUGGGCUCAUCUCUCCUCUCGGGACGGUUGGACCAGCUGCUCAGCACCCUGCAGAGUCCCCUGGAGAGCCUGGAGCUGGCCUUCUGUGCCCUGCUGCCUGAGGAUUUGCGCUUUCUGGCACGGAGCCCCCAUGCUGUCCAUCUCAAGAAGUUGGACCUUAGUGGCAAUGACCUGUCUGGCAACCAACUAGAGCCUUUCCAGGGUCUGCUGCGGGCGGCUGCAGCCACACUGCUGCACCUGGAGCUGACCGAGUGCCAGCUUGCUGAUGCCCAGCUGCUGGCCACGCUCCCUGUGCUGACGCGCUGCACCAGCCUCCGCUACCUCGGCCUCUAUGGCAACCCGCUGUCCAUGGCGGGCCUCAAGGAGCUCCUCCGGGAUUCAGUGGUGCAGGCUGAGCUCCGCACAGUGGUGCACCCCUUCCCUGUGGACUGUUACGAAGGCCUGCCCUGGCCACCGCCUGCUUCUGUGCUGCUGGAGGCUUCCAUCAAUGAGGAGAAGUUUGCUCGUGUGGAGGCCGAGCUGCACCAGCUGCUCCUCGCCUCCGGCCGCGCUCAUGUGCUUUGGACCACAGACAUUUAUGGGCGCCUGGCUGCAGACUACUUCAGCCUGUGACCUCCGGGCUGUCCUGGGUUCAGGGCUGCUGCACACCCCUCCCUGCCUUAGGUAGACAGAGCCUUCAUGGGACCCUGUUGGAGGCCUGACACAGAGGCACGGGUCUUGGGUUUCCUUGCUCCUGGGCACUUUGAGCCUUCCUGUGCUUUGUGCAGCUCCGUGCGCGGUUUGCCCUGUACCCGUUCCCCUGGCUGGCCGACUGUGGGCUUCAUGGCUGGAUUCCAGGCCCGCACGGCCAGGUUCGGUUUGGGUGCACUUGGCUACCCUCUGGUGUUCUGGUCCUCUCUUUGGAAUGUUUCUGGGGUCUCAACUGUGAGCUGAGAGAGGGUGUUCUCUCUAGGCCCUUCCCAAGAGCUGACUGCCCUGGGAUUGAAGUUAGAACAGGGACCUGCUUCAAGGAGAGCUGGGUCUCCCUACCCUGGCACCCAGGAGACCACCUGGCUGGGCUUUGGAGCCAGAUGGUGUCCUUAAGGUACAAACGUGCAGUGUGUUUGGAACUUAAA